AUGCUCACUUCUCCAGCCGGUCCGGCUGGCCUCACUCUGGCCCGUCUCCUCCAGGCCAGCAACAUCCCCUGCACUGUCUAUGAAGCCGAACUCGACCGCCACGCCCGCACGCAAGGCGGCUGUCUCGAUAUCCACGAAGGCUCCGCCCAGAUCGCCCUGCGUGAAUGUGGUCUCUACGACCAGUUCCUCGCCGUCGCUCGCACCGAAGGAGAGGUCCUCAAGAUCUACCAGCCCGACGGCACGCUCGUUCUCGACGAAGGCUCCGACUACGGCGAGCGCCGCCCCGACUCCUUCAACGGCCGGCCGGAAGUUGACCGCGUCGAGUUGCGCAACAUGCUAAUCGACUCGCUCGAGCCGGCCAGCCUCAAAUGGGACCACAAGCUCACGGCUGUCAAGACGGAGGCCAGCGGCGCCCGUCUGUUGUACGACCUGCACUUCCAGGACCACGUCGAGACCGGCUUCGAUCUCGUCGUCGGCGCAGAUGGCGCCUGGUCAAAGGUCCGCCAUAUCAUUACCGACACCCGGCCCGUGUUUUCCGGCAUCAGUGGCGUCGAUGUCAAGUACAGCGACAUUGACACCGCCGAUCCGGCGCUCGCCAAGCGGGUCGGCAACGGCAUGUGUCUGACCCUAGGCAGCCACACCACCGUCCUGUCCCAGCGGAACGGCGAUGGUUGCGUACGGAGCUACGGCUUCAUGCGCCUGCCCGAAGACUGGCACUCCACCUGCGGCAUCGACUGGACCAAACCCGAGGAGGCCAAGCGCCAGUUUGUCAACCGGUACUACGACGGCUUCAACGACGACGCAAAGAACCUGAUUCUCGACGCCGACAACGAUGUCGUUCCUCGCCCCAUGUACAUGCUGCCGGUCGGACACCGGUGGCUGCACCGUGCUGGUGCUACUCUCAUCGGCGAUGCCGCACACUUGAUGACCCCCUUUGCCGGUGUUGGCGUCAACGUCGGCAUGGAGGAUGCCCUAGAACUGGCCCACGCCAUCAUUGCUUCCAAAGCUAGCUGGGAAGAAGUACAGCCAUUCUCGAACGUGUCUGGGCUUUCUGCGGCCAUCCGUCAGUAUGAAGAGAACAUGUUCCCUCGGGCCGAAGGAUACGCCCGAGAGACACGGAUGUACCUGAAUCUCUUCUUUAACAAGCGAGGGGGGCAUGCCAUGUGCGAACACUUUGCGCAGGCCAAGGAGCAGGAAAAGGCUGCUGCUGAAGGGCAGAAGAACGGGAUAGCGGUGGAAAAGGCGAUUACUGUUGAAUAG